UAAGAUAAAAAUGUUUGUAAACUGAUUGUAAAAAUUACAAUCUCUUUUAAAUUUGUUUAAAGAUUUCAAAUUGCUAUAUGUAAAAUGAAUUUCAAUUUUAAUGCGAUAUUCGAAGCACAAUUGAAAGAAAUACUUGUUAACGAUAAGUUGGUGCGAUUAAAGAGAGAAGAAGAAGAAGAAAAAGAAGAAGAGAUUUGUGCCCACAAUUUUAUCGGAUCUCGUAGUUGUUGCGCGCACGCGAAGAGUUGCGUGGCGAGAGGGAAUCCAAAAACUACAGACCAAUAAUUUACUACGUAAUUUGUGUAGUUCGAUACACAGAACGCAAAUAAAUUUGUCAAAAUAUCAAGCCGUUGUAUAAACAGUUUACCUUACGCACAUUCUCCUCCGUUUCCUUCUACGCAGGCAUUUGCCAAUGCUAUCCAGUAAUCGGUAAAUUGACCGCAACGUCCACCAACCACCCACGAGUCUGCGGUUUAUCGAGUUAAUUACUAUGCAGGUCGAUAAGAUAAUGGCCUUCCAAUUAGAAACUUCUCCCUGAAUAAAUAAUGUUGUAUUCUACUAAUUCUUUCGUCUAUUAGGAAACAAGUGUAAAUAGUGUAAUAAUUUUUACUUAACUAUAGCAAUACUCUUUUGAUAUAUUUUAUUUCGAUUCUAAACAAAAUGGAUCAAAAUGGAAACUCUUUACAAAAAACCUAGGAUAAUGGGAAAAUUAAAUUAUCAAGAAGCUAUUGGAAAAUGACAAUCCCAACUUUUGUGUUACUGACAAGUAAACCUACCCAAGUGGAACACUCCGAUUUUUUUCAAAUUUGAAUAUGUUGCGUUUUCAACAUAAAAAUUUUAACGAGGAACGUUUUGCACACAGAUAUAAAAUGUUUUUUGCUGUAUAAGGUUUGUUUGUGACAAAGAUGUGGAAAAAGCGGAUAUUUCAUUCUGCCAUAAAUAAAGUGUUCCCAUUAAAAAAAAGUAGAAAUUAUCGAAAUCCGUUUUUACGUGAUCCAGUAAGUAUUUCAUCUUUAGCGAUAACUUGGCAGAUAAUGAAACAGAGUAAUAAAUAAGCCGAUGUUUUUUUUUCUUAGGAUUACGCAUGAUUAUACGCUUUGGUUCACAUCAACUCUGCAUUUACGCCGAGAUCUAGAAGCUGCAAAUGAUUAUAGCGCGUAGUGGGGAUUCUGCGGUUACUUCAUAGGAAGCUGUAGCUCAUAUAAGAGGCAGGGCGCGUUUGCGGACGUCAGUGCGUCUGCGGUGUGUAAGUUGAUCAUAAAUCGGUUGUCACUUGUAGUUGUUUCAUUUUAUGAUCUCUUCGCUGGCGCUGAUAUUUUAUAAAUCAGCACAAGAUGUCGUCUGAAGAGCCGCUGGUGGUGGAGUCGGUGUAUCUAUACGAAAAGGAGAAUGCCGAAGCUCAUCAUACCUUCAAUUUUGAGAUGGUCCAUCAGGACCCGGCGAUUCCCAUUCUCCGACGUGGACAGCCUUUUAACAUGGCUCUGAGAUUCAAUCGCGAGUACGUGGAUGCGUCUGAUAUCGUCCGGUUGCUCUUUAGCUUCGGUCCGAAUCCGAAUGUGCUGAGAGGCACCAGAGGGGUGAAUACCGUAACCAACAGGGAGGCUUAUCUAACUGAUCUGGAAGCUUGGGGUGUUCGAAUGAUCGGUGUACACGGAACAGAUCUCUCCGUUGAAGUUAGGAGCCCAAUCGACAGUCCUGUCGGAGUGUGGCAGUUGAACGUGGAGACUAAUACCUUCGGCAGAAAGAAGGCACCAAACACUUACAGUUACGACAAGGAUAUCUAUCUGCUCUUUAAUCCAUGGGUGAAAGAGGACUUGGUGUACAUGGAGGACGAGCAACUGCUCGACGAGUACAUCCUCAAUGACGUCGGGAAGAUAUGGGUGGGUCCGUGGGGUAGUUCCCGUGGCAGAGAAUGGGUUUUUGGGCAGUUUGAUUCGUGUGUGUUACCGGCUUGCCAAUUGUUGCUCGAGAGAUCCGGCAUCAAAGCGAUUUCCAGAGGUGACCCGGUCAGGAUGGCUCGGGUAAUCUCGAGAAUCAUAAAUUCUAACGAUGAUAAGGGUGUAAUAACUGGUCGCUGGGAUGGCGAAUACGGCGAUGGUACCGCGCCGGCCGCCUGGACCGGAAGUGUGCCCAUACUGGAACAAUUUUGGGAGACUGGUAGAGAAGUCAAGUAUGGUCAGUGUUGGGUCUUCGCCGGUGUCGUUACCACGGUAUGUCGUGCCCUGGGGAUUCCCUCGAGAGUGGUAUCAAAUCUGGUGUCGGCUCAUGAUGCCAAUGCCUCGCUGUCUGUGGAUCGUUACUACGACAUGAAUAACGAAGAACUCGAAUAUGAUCCGAACAACCCUGAGGGUGAGGACUCUAUCUGGAACUACCAUGUAUGGAACGACGUAUGGAUGGCGAGACCGGAUCUCCCCAAGGGUUACGGAGGGUGGCAGGCCAUCGAUGCCACCCCUCAGGAAAGAUCAGACAGCUUCUAUCAAUGCGGACCGGCCUCGGUGGAGGCCAUCAAACAGGGCGCUGUCGGUUACAACUACGAUGUGACCUUCAUGGUAGCGUCUGUGAACGCGGAUCUGAUGAGAUGGAAGGAAGAUCCGGAGAGCGAGUUGGGAUACUCGAAGAUUGACUGCAACAAAUAUCAUAUUGGUCGUAUGAUUCUGACGAAGGCGCCGUGGAUCUUCGAUCCCAAUGGGGACAAAGAUAGGCAGGACAUAACGUUGCUCUACAAGCCCAAGGAAGGUACCGGGGUCGAACGACUGACCCUCUACAGGGCGGUGCGCAGCACGGAGAUGGCGAAGAGAUUCUACUCUCUUCCAUCGCCAGGCAAAGAAGAUGUGGAGUUCGAUCUUAUCGAGCUCGAACGCGUCAAUAUCGGUGAUCCCUUCUCCGUGACUGUGACUAUCAAAAAUAAAUCCACCGAGACGCGCACCAUUCAAGCAAUCCUGUCCGCUGGUAGCGUUUACUAUACCGGAGUCAAGGCGCACCUGGUGAAGAGAGCCUCCGGCGAUUUUGUGCUUCGACCGAACGCCGUCGAACAAUUAAGGCUCACGGUGACGAUAGACGAUUACUUGGACAAGUUGGUAGAGUAUUGCAUCAUGAAGCUGUACUGUAUCGCCACGGUCAAGGAAACCCGACAAACCUGGGCGGACGAGGACGAUUUUCAAGUUUUAAAGCCGAGUAUCGAUGUCAAGAUCGAAGGUGAACCAGUUGUCGGACAACCGUCGACCAUCACGUUGAGUUUUAAGAACCCGUUGAAGAGAACUCUCACUAAGUGCGAGUUUAAUUACGCAGGGCCCGGUCUCUCUAGAAAUAAGACACUCGUCUUCAGGGACGUCGAGCCUGAGGAGGACGUUUACGUGGAACAUCAGCUCGUGCCGCAGAAGCCGGGAGAGCAGAAAAUAAUCGCUACGUUCACUUCGAAGGAGUUGGUCGACAUCACCGGUUGUGCAACCGUCGAUGUCCUCGAGGCCGAGUGAACGGAUGGAUGACCAAUCGAGCUUUAUUCUAAUCUUUUAAUUCGAAACAAAUCUUACACUAAAUGCGACAGUACGUGUAUUGUUGAAUCAUUGUAUUAAUAUAAAAAAAAUAUUCGAACUCUGUUUAUCUAGAUGUUAAAUUUAAGCGAGAAUUUCUGCUCUCUCAACAAAUAAUCGAUCAAGUUUUUAGAUAUUAUUAUUCGUAACAUUAAUAAUAUAAUAGCGAGAGGUGGCAUCUCGAAAACGGUGAUGAAAUGAGAAAUUAGCAUUUUGAAGGUGGAAUAUUAAUGUUCAUCAAGACACAAUAACAUAUCGAAAUAAAUAGUUUAAUCGCUUUUUCGUACGUAUAAACGCUCCUUAGUAUUACUCACGAUAUUUCAAACACUUUAUAAGAAACUUUUCUACAAUGUACCUUGUUACGUUUGCAAAUUUAUAUUUUUGUAUAAUGAAGGAUGUCCAAUAAAUGAAUACAAUAAAUCUAA